AUGAAAUUUAUUAAACAAAUAUCACUUUAUUAAUUAAAAACCUUAAAAUAUCAAAAAAAAAAAAAAAAUACAUAAACAACUAUCGAUACAUGUAAAUUUAAUUUUUUCUAUUACAAAUAUAAUAUUUUAAGUAUGAAUUUUUAUAGUACAAAAAAUAAAAUAAAAAAAUAUAAUAAAUAAUUUAUAAAAAUAAACAACUAAAAGAAAAUUAAAAUUAUGGAAACUGAAAUAUAAUCAACGUAAAUUAAAUAUUAAGAUAAAUUAGAAACAAUAUAAAAUUUGAAAAACUCUAACAAGAAGAACGUUGUCAAAAAUAUAAUGAACGCAUUUAAAAAUUUAUAAUAGACUCCCAAUUAAAAAAUACUCCAAAAAUAAACCAUAAAAUAGUUAGCUUAUAUAAUAUCAAUGAAUCUCCUACAAGCACAUUGCCUGAAAUAAUAAAAAAAUUCAAACGAUAUAUUAAUUCUAAAAAAUUCAACCAUUACACUUUAAGAUUAUUAAUAUUACAUGAAAACUAUGGCUCUAUACUUGAAUACUUUUUAAAAGGACCAAUUUACAAUUGGGCUUAAAAUAGUAAAGCUAAUGAUUUAAUAGGACAUUUUUCUAUGGUGGAAUUUAUAUUACUAAGCUUUAAAGAUAUUAAGAUUAUUGAUUUUCUGA